AUGGCCCCCCCACCCCCCGCCAGGGGGUACCUACUGGGUACCCUCAGCAAGACGUCUGAGGGUACCCAGACUGAGCCUGCCAGCAGCCAGACCCCAACCAUUGACAAGGGACAUGCAGAACUCAGAGACCUCAUUGCAGACCGCGAGCAACAUCGCUGUGCAAUUACCGGGGCAUUCGACCGGAGUUUUGUCACGGAGCUGUUACAACAAGGCCGUGGACAGGAGAUACCUGAUGUCCCGCAGCUGCGGAUGCAAGUGGCACACGUCCUACCGUUCCUGCUCAACGACCUCGACGACCCACCGGGUGUCCACCCGCAAAUUAAGGAUCCUGCUCAGACGCGGGAUAUGCUCCAGUCAUGGACGAACCUUGACUUCAAGAAGCUUUUUGGAUCAAAAAUCAACUCGCCUAUGAACGCCAUCUUCAUGACAGCCGAAGAGCACCAUUCUUUUGCUAGGUUUCGUUUCUAUCUGGAAAAGCACACGUACCCGAAUUCCCCAGACAAGUAUCGAGCCCGAACAGUCCAGAGUGGCAGAAGAUUCAGUAAUGGAAGAGUCUCGACGGAUGUGCGAUUCCGGCAAGUUGAAGGAAUCGACCCACCCAACCCGCAGCUUCUCGAAAUUCACGCAGCUUUUUCGAGGGUCUUGAACCUCUGCGGUGCGGCAGAGUACUUCGAUGGUGUCGAGCAGGAUGCUGAGAGCGGGAUGACGCUGCGUAUGGAUGGCACUACAGACCUUGGAUCGUUAUUAUUGUGUCGAUUGCCUAUGGCCGCCCACUAG